GUUAAUCUGUAAACAUCGAUUCACGCGCGUCAGUUGGACUGCACCUGUUGAUCGCCUGGCAACACUCCUCCUAAGCUCCAACCCGAUGGUCACACACGUAAUUAAUCUGCAGAUCAAUUCUCUUCGGGGCCAACUGAAAUACCACAGCGCUGGAGAGCGGAUGGACACGGAUACAGUCCUGCGUAAAUUUGUGUGAGAGGCGCGCAGCUCUCCAGAGGCGCACGGGACUCCGCGCUGGAUCUGUUCUGAGCGCGUGUUCUGUGUCUGGGUACUGAGGAUUCAACAAGACACGGUUGACAUCAGCCCCCUGGGGAUGGAGGGCACAGGCAGUGGCUGGCCAGCUGAACUCACCCCUCCCUGCGUGAUUCUGCAUGAGCUGAAUAUGAAUGACAGCGAUCAGGUCUUCGAGGUGGCUCUGCAGAACGGCUCCUCCAAGCGCAGCAGCCCUCAGUUUGUGGGUGUAGAGCUGUUGCAGUCCUUCAAGCUGCUCAUCAUCCCCUGCUACACCCUAGUCGCUCUGGUGGGCGUCUUCGGCAACUACCUGCUCCUCUACGUCAUCUGUCGCACCCGCAAGAUGCACAACGUCACUAACUUCUUCAUCGGGAAUCUGGCCUUCUCAGACAUGCUGAUGUGUGCCACGUGUGUUCCCUUCACGCUGGCCUAUGCCUUCAAUCCCCAUGGGUGGGUGUUUGGCCGCUUCAUGUGCUACCUGGUGUACCUAAUCCAGCCUGUGACGGUGUACGUGUCGGUCUUCACUCUCACUGCUAUUGGUGUGGACAGAUACUAUGCCACAGUUCAUCCUCUGAAAAAGCGUAUCUCUGUCUUGGCAUGCACCUACCUCCUGUCCGGGAUCUGGCUGCUGUCCUGUGGUCUGGUGGCUCCAGCUGUGGCUCACACCUACCACGUGGAGUUCAAGAAUGAGGGUUUCACCAUCUGCGAGGAGUUCUGGAUGGGCCAGGAGAGGGAGCGGCUGGCCUAUGCAUACAGCACCCUCUUCAUCACAUAUGUCCUGCCCCUGUCAGCUCUCUGCAUCUCAUACAUGUGCAUCUCUGUCAAACUGAGGAACUGUGUAGUGCCGGGACACCACACCCAGAGCCAGGCAGAGGCCCAGCGCAUGAGAAAACGCAAGACCUUCCGGCUGGUGAGCCUGGUAGUGGCAGCGUUUGGGGUGUGCUGGAUGCCCAUCAGUGUGUUCAACGUGCUGCGAGACAUUGACAUUGACCUGAUCGAUAAGCGCUACUUCCUGCUCAUUCAGCUGCUCUGUCACCUGUGCGCGAUGAGCUCCUCCUGCUGUAACCCUUUCCUCUAUGCCUGGCUGCACGACCGAUUUCGUGCUGAGUUACGCAAAAUGUUCACAUGCCGCCGUCGCAUCGGAAUCUCUGCUAACAACUGCGCUACAGCCAGUGUGGUCCUGUGAAGCUCCAUUGUCUUGGUUUGUCUACUUCUUUGUACACUAGAGUAUACUCAUGUCAUUCUGGCAACAUUUACUUUAUACAGAAGUACAUAGGUAUGUAAAGCUCUGUUAGCACUACAAGAAUUUCCCAGGACCAGGAACUUUUGAGGAAGUCAAUGCAUUCCCACCAGGAAUCAGGAAGUCUCCAAAGUUCCCUUCAUCAAAGGUGGUAAAAAUGCCUCAUAUCUACCUUCAUUCAAUAGCAUUUAACAAAAACAAAAGAGACAUAAAUCAUGUUACAGCAUUAGCAGCAGCUGUAAACCUCUUGCUUGUACCUCAAAAAAAUAGGUGUGGUUUGUUUCUCCCCAAUAUGGACCACGGCCAUAUUAUAAGUCCCGCCCCUUCUUAAUUUCUGAUUGGGUGAAGAUCAAGAAGUGACAUUUACAAGGGCAGUAGUGUUCCAAAUCUAUAAUUUUUUUAUAGCAUUAAUACAUAACUUUGUCUUGAAGUAACUGCAGAGAAGGUUAAUAAUUUUUGUUCUUGUUUUACAAGACAUAAGGGUGCAGAUUAAGGGGAAAUGUGGUUCAGUUAUGCUACAAGAAACCCCUUUUUCCAACAAAGCGUUUUAUUACGUCACGUCAGGGAUUCAGGCCCCCCCACCUUGUUUCAGUACAAUGUAAAGUAAAGGCUUAAAAUUCGGGCUGACUUCUCCAACACAAGCACCUUUAAAAUAAAGUAUUAGGACGCUGUCAUUA